GUUUGUUUUCUACAAAGAAAGAAUCUAACUUUCUCUUGGUUUUUCAUGUUUUUAGUUAACAUUUGAGUAGUGACUCAAGAAAGAGAGAUCCUUUUGUUUCUAAGAGAAGAACACCAAAUUAUAAGUACAUAAUUCAGAUAAAUAUUGAGUCUUUAGAGAGAGAAGUUGAAUAUUUUUGGUGGGUUUGAUUAGUAAUUGGAAAUUAAUUAUGGGAAGGGGAAGAGUGGAAUUGAAGAGGAUAGAGAACAAGAUAAACAGACAAGUAACAUUUGCAAAGAGAAGAAAUGGGCUGCUGAAGAAAGCUUAUGAGUUAUCUGUUCUUUGUGAUGCUGAGGUGGCUCUUAUUAUCUUCUCUAACCGUGGCAAGCUCUAUGAGUUUAGUAGCAUUUCUAACAUGCUCAAGAGCCUGGAUAGGUAUCAAAAGUGUAGUUAUGGUGCAGUGGAAGUCAAUAAGCCUGCCAAGGAGCUUGAGAGCAGCUAUAGGGAGUACUUGAAACUGAAAACUAGAUUCGAGUCGCUACAACGAACUCAGAGGAACUUACUUGGAGAGGAAUUAGGGCCUCUUAAUACUAAGGAGCUCGAGCAGCUUGAGCGUCAGUUGGAGUCAUCACUUAAGCUAGUCCGGUCCACCAAGACUCAGUUUAUGCUUGACCAGCUUUCAGAUCUUCAAAACAAGGAACAAUUGUUGCUGGAAGCUAAUAGAGCUUUAACAAUAAAGCUGGAUGAAAUAAGUACUACAGCCCUUCGAUCAUCAUGGGAAGAAGGUGAGCAAAGUAUGUCAUAUGGGCAUCAGCAGCAGCAGCAUCAUCACCAUCAUCAACCUCAGGAGUUAUUUCAUCAUUUAGAUUGCAAUCCCACACUGCAAAUAGGGUACAACAAUGUAGUUUCAGACCAGAUGACAGCCACAACCCAUGCGCAGACAGUGAGUGGGUUCAUCCCAGGAUGGAUGCUUUGAGUUUUGCUCAUAAGACUAUUGUGCUCAUAUGCUUUUUCUUCUUAAUGUUUGGCAAUAUGUAAAUUAUUUCAAGAGCAUAUGAAUCUUCAUUUCAUAAGGUUUGUCGAACCUUUUUGCCCUUGAACUCAAAAAGGCAUGUAAUUUCAUAAAUGUUGCAAAAACUUAUCACAUUUA